AUGGCCCAACCUCAUCGAUUACGUGUUCAAACUCAACGUCCGCCACCACUGGUUAAAAAAACUCAUUCAACUACAACAACCAAACAAACGCGAUUUGUUCAUCGACAUUUUUUAAUAUUAGGCGAUCUCCUCUUUAAAUGGUGUCCAUGUGUACAAUCGUCAAACGAAGAACAAGCGCCACUGAAAAUAACACGACAGAGUUCACGAUCAGACGAACCAUUAGGAGUUAAUACACAAAAUCAAAAGUGUUAA